AUGAAUAUCUUGAAUUAGGAAUUUCACUAAGAAGAUUUUGAUGAAGAAAAUCACUAAUAAUAAAUGAAAUUAGACCCAGAGCAUUUGCUUUACAGCGCUCUGUCUCUGCUUAAUUAUGAUUUUUAGGAGUAAAGCAAGUUAUUAAAUAUUAAAAUUGGACCUGGAACUUUUGAUGCAGAUUGCCCUAAAGCUUUUUACAACAUCCUUAAGUUUUUAAUAUGUAAGCUAGUUACUGAUUCAAGCGAAACUGUUGAUUUAUUGCUUUUUUAUCCACCGCGCAACCCAAAAGACACUAUUAAUUUUAAACAGGAGGCCUAUAAAUUGCUUUAGACUUUACAAAAAAGACAUAUAUUACCUCAAAGUCUUUUCCUUUCGAAGAUUGUAUUAGACGAAGUAAAAGGUUUAAAAUGCGUCCAGUUUUUAAGAUUUCUUGCUGAGUUCGCUCUAAAAAAUGAAUUCAUUUAAACAUUUCCUUAAAGUUAGAUGAAGGUUUUUAAUAUAAACUUGAGAAAUGAUAAAAAAACAGACCAUUAAUUGCAUUUGGUGGACGAACUCUAUCCAACUAUUUCAAUAUUGAAUACAUAAAAGGAAUAAAUGUACUCUCUUGAAGAAAUUCAAGAGUAAAAUAGCAUUCUCAGAUCGCAUUUGGAAAUAGAAUAUGAUAAAAUUCAAAAGAAGAUGAUGAACUACUCUGGAAAUACUUAAGAAGUGUAAGUACUUGCUGAAAAAAUAAAUAAAUCAUAUCAAAAGUAAAGAGAAAUUAAUUUGAGGCUAAAAGAUUAUCUAGUAAAUGAGCAUGAUGUACCAGAAAAACUGCUAAGUGACUUAAGAAAACUAGAUAGAAUGCCAUAAAUCGACCUUAUAAAAUAAACUAUAAGUGAGCUUUAAGAAAUUGAAAGAGGAAUUUCUGAUAGGAAUUUUAAAGAAAGAUAUUAAUAAUUUUUAAGUGAGUUUUUGUAAGUAGAUCAAACUAAUGUGAUAAACAAAAGCUUGAUCCAUGCUGGCGAUUAAGAAAUGGAUCCAUUAUAAUAAAAUUUAGGAUUAAUAAAAUUAGAAAACUAUUUUGAAUCGUACAAAAACACAUUGAAAAAUACAGAUAAAAAUAUUUAAAACCUUAAAACAGAAUAAUUUUUAACUUAUCAAUCAUCUUUGCUAGAUAAACUAUAAGGAAUAAAAUAAAGAUAGUCAAAGCUCACUAAAUGUUUAAUUGAAUUAAAAUAAAAUUGCUAAGAAGAGCUAUGA